GCGCGCAGGCAUGGCAAGCCUGCAGCCGUCGGUCCCGUGCAUCUCGCGGUCGCCACCCGAGCAGCCGCUUCAGGUGAAGGUGGUGGGGCUUUUCAAGAGCUCCAGCUUUCAGAUCGCGAAGAGCGCCGCUGAGAGUCUGAAGAGUAAUUACCCAUCCAAAUUUGAAGAUCCUAUAAUAAUUCCUGUUCAAGAAUUUGCAUGGCAUCAGUAUCUACAAGAGAAAAAAAGGGAACUUAAGAAUGAAGUCUGGGAAUAUUCUUCUUAUGUGAUGUGUUUUAUUAAUGAUGAGCUCCUGGGUGAUGCACUUGAUCUACAGAAAUGGGCCCACAAAGUGUGGGAUAUAGUUGAUUUUAAGCCUCCUGCACUUUACGAAGCACUUACUGUGGAUUAUUCUGCCAAAUUCUUAAGAGACACCAAGCAUAAUUUUGUGUUCUUGGACAUUUCUAUUGAUCUUUAUCCAAUUGGAAGAUUGAUUUUUGAGCUGUAUUCUGAUACAUGUCCCAAAACAUGUAAAAAUUUUCAGAUCUUGUGCACAGGAAAAGCAGGGUUUUCCCAAAGUGGCAUCAAGCUACAUUACACAGGUUCCAUUUUCCAUCGAGUGGUACGGAAUGGCUGGGUACAAGGAGGAGAUAUAGUUGCUGGAAAAGGAGAUAAUGGAGAGUCAAUUUAUGGACCAACAUUUGAAGGACAGGCCCACACUGAGGAAGAAGUGCGGGGAAUGGAGUCAAAAUUAUGCAGGUACUGGGAUAACAGGGAUGAAGAGGGAAAGGGAACAGAGCCAGGAAUCCCAGAAACCAAGCUGCCACAUAGAUGAACAGCACAUGCAAACAGCCCUAGAUGGAGUUUGUGAAGUUGGGAAACUGCCUUCCUUCUAAAGCCAUACCUCCUUCUAAACACUGAGGAAGACUAAUUUUACAUAAAAAUAAAGUUGCAUUAGGAAGCAGCAGAAAUUUUCUUGAAGGAAAAAAAAAGGUGCAUAGUCAUAUAACUACAGAUAAUGGAAGUACCAUAGAAAGAAAGCUCACAGGUCAAACUGAUUUCAAAAUGAGCUACAAGACAUAAAGAAAAUGAUAUGACAGGAAAGAACUUGUAAAUCAGAAUUAGAAAACCUCAGAUAUGAGGCUGUUUACAGAACUGAAUAAAAGAGCUAACAAUAAAAGAAAAUUCCAGAAAUGAACAAAUUAUAAGGAACACGAGACCAAAUAAAAACAACUGAUAUGUGUAUUAAAAGAAGCAAAAGGCAGAAAGAGAAAAAUAUUUUUUUAAACCAAAAUGAGAUGAAUAAAGAUGAAAAGGAUUUACAAGAAAGUGAUAUAGAAAGAAGAUCCAGCAUACAGAUGAUAACUAUCCUUAAGGAAUUAAACCAAUAGAAGGGAAUGGAACAGAUGCUAAGAAUCAUAAUUUUAAAAAGCUUUCCUGAAAUAAAAAAGGAUCUGAUAUUCUGUAUUUUGUUUGGGUGGUGGUUACACAACUAUACCCAACUGUCAAAAUGCAUCAAACCAAACAUCUAAAAUAUAUACAUUUUACUGCAUGUUCAUACCUCAAGUAAAAAUAUCUUUUUAAAAACUUGAAACUACUUACUGAAAGAACAGACAGCUACCUGACAAUACUGAACCAGAACAACCAACACCAGACAUAUUUUACUAAUAUUAUUAGACAUUAAAGAAAAGAAAAAGAAUCUUUGGGCAGUUAAACAAAAACAGUAAGUGAUUUAUAAGGGAAAGAAAAGUACAUUAUCAUCAUAUUCUUAUGCCAGAAGAAAACAGAGUAAUAUAUUUAUGAUGCUCAAUUAAAAUGAAAUGUGACCUGGGGACUUUAUAUCCAGUCAAACUGAAUGUGAAUUUUAAAGGGCACACAGGGUUAUCCAUGUGUAAAAAACUUCAGGGAAUAGUGUUGUCAUGAGUCGUUCUGAGGAAUCAAUGAUUGCAGAAUGAGUUUCAUUCAGCCAGAUUAUAAGAGGGAUCCUGACAGAAGAAUUGGUGGUGAACAUUAAUCAUAUAAUUACUUAUAAAACUAAAAUUUAAUGAUGGAUAAAAGGGUGAGAGUAUGAUAUAUAAUGACUAUAUGCUUACUCUAACAAUUUUUUUAAAAAUGAAAGAAAUGGGGAGAAUAUACGCAAAAUUUUAAAUUACUUUCAGUUAAAUUUUACUGGUGAUAGUUAGUUGUAUUAUACUGAGAUUGUUUUAUAUACAAUGUAGGAAAAAACAAGUAAUUAUGAGAUAUUCUAAUUUUAUAAUUUCCUGUCCUUGAGAAUUAGAAUCUUCAUUGUGGAAGAAAGGAAAUACAGAUGAAAUAUGAUAGAGGUUAAUAAGUAAAAUAUUCCAUAGUCCUGAAUUAGAAUUGGAAAUAUCCUGUUAAACUCAAGAAGUAUCAUAUCUAUAUUUUAGUUCUGGCCAUGAAAUUUAUCUACAGCGACCAGCCCAGUAGUGAUACAUUCUCCUAGAAUUUAGAUUGUUGUUUUGAAAUGUCAUUUCUUGCUUAAAGAAACUAGGGUCUCCGGAAAACAUGGCAGAUUCCAGUUUUGAGACAGGAAAUUUCAAAAUGAGCGUGGAAGCUCAUGUUCAGUCAUGCUAUCAUGACCUAGCCAAGAGCACUAUUAAAAGUUUACUGGGGUCAUGGCAAAGGGCUCAGGAGUCAAUUUGAAGAGUCUCUCACUGGUCAAAGAUGGAGUAAUUUGAGUGCUAAUUGCAGCUAACUGAAACCCAACAAAGAUUUUAAAUCCAUGAGUUCAUAAUGAUAUUGUAAAAUAAAUCCUACUUGUUUACCUUCAGGGAAAUGAUAGGAAACGAAUUCAUUAUCUUGAAAACUGAUAAAUAUAGGUAAAAAUUAAGCAUUUCUCUUGCCUCUCCUAUAGGAACUAUACUAAAUCAUAGAUAAGGGGAAACAUCUUGCUAUAUAAAAGUAUUCCAAUUAACAGUGAAAAGGAAAUUAGAAUGUCACCACUUUGCUGCCCCCAGUGAAAUAAUGGAUGUGGGCAUUUGCUACAUUAGUAUCUGCUCCCUUCUCAAGAACAGGGACAAUCAGACAGUGUGGGCCUUCUGCUGAGAGAACGCACUACCAAAGGGAUACAACAUGAGCCUGAUGAAGCUUUUGGGCCCAGCAUCCAAUUUGUGAGAAAUGCAACCAGUUCUGCUAGUAACAUAUUCUUAAAAGAUCUCUGUGCUUUGUCAAACCACACAGUAAAAACCACAGGGCUGACUGAUGGCAAAACCGAGGUAAAAAAAAAGAAACUCCUCAGUGACAUAUUAAAAAAUAAGUUCGCAAUAUAAUAAAAACAGUAACCUAGUUUUGUAUGUUUUAUGUGGUC